CCUUUACUAAUAAAAUGAGAAAUGACUCUUUCUUUUCCUGUUCUUUUCCCCCCUCCUCUUUCCCCCCAGCCCCCACUCCGUCGCUGCCCCCUCUCUGUUUUUCUCUCGGGAUUGAGAGGUAGGAGAAGGGAUAAGGUUUUCGCUGAUAGGCUGCAUCCUCCGUCAAACAUUCCUGCCGCCCUCUCUGGGAUGUGAGUGGAGGUGUAACCGAGGCUUCCGUCCUCGGGCUCGGYUCCCUGACUGCAUCCGUGUUUGCUCUUUAGGAUUCAGGCGGCUUGAAAGAUAGAAUCAGUGCUGGAUGCUUGCAGCCUUUUGCUUCAGCGGGCAGAGAAGGAAAAAGGUGGACGCUGACCUGCAGCAGUUGUUUCCUAUGAAAGGGUAGAAAUAUCGGACACUAUUCUGGGAUUAUUUGUGCGUGUUUCGUCCUGAAAAGGCCUCUGAAAUAAUCAGUAGGCAUCUGGGAAGAGAAUUGAAGAAGUCGUGUUUUUUUCUUCUACCAAUGUCGACCACAUCACCCUUGGAUUCUUUUGUCCACAUGGCAUGGAUACAUAGCUGAAUUUAUGAAGUUCUGAAUACUUCAGCCGCCAAAAAAAGUGCUUUCUUGUUUUUAGAUACUAUUUUUCUUCUCGGCAGCAUUCUGUCUGAGUCUGAAGCGUGACCAGUUUUGUUCACAGGCUCCAGGUUAAAUGUGGCCUGAGUCACUGUGUAGACAUUGCUGAAAAGUUUCAUGGCAGAUAUUUUUUUCCCCCUUAUUUUGCUAUAUAGAUAUUCUGACAUAGUGUUCUCUCAUUUUGCAGUUAGACCUAUUUCCUAAAUGAAGAAUUUAACAGAUGUUUGUUUAUCCUUUUUUCUUUUAUAUUUUAUUUAAUAUUUUUGUUGAAAAAUGUUGCCGAUAAGCAGUAUGGAGGUAUCCAGAUAGCUUUUGUUUACAAAUGCCUCUGCUACCGGAAGGUAGGAAAUGUUCUACAGUUCAUAUGUGAAAUUUGCGUUUUUAGCUUCACAGUUGGUGGUGUAAAACCCAUGUUUAUUUCACCUGGAGCUGAUGCUAGUUAUAGUGAUAUCUACAUGGAAUAGACAAAAGGAGCUGCCRGAGAAAAGACAAGGUUUUUAAGAGAGACAGUUGGCAGACUUUGUGAAUAGCCUUGUGGGAUCUGUGAGCAAGAAARAUGGGUAGCUGAUUUCUGUGAGGUCAAAUCUAUGUCAAACUGCUACGAAUGUAGUAUCAACGGGAACUCGGGAUAUUAUCUCAAGGAAAACAAACYGGAAGAGUAUAAAUCAGGCAGAACUUACACCUUGUGUGGUCCUCUUGGAUUAGGUUUGAAUUCAACUGAACUGCUGCUGCCUCAAAGAAAAUCAAGAUGGACAGAGCAACUUAAUUCAAAAGGACUCGCCAUGAGGUGCUAAGCCUUUUUUCAUUGAUUUGAAGAGACUGGCCCUAAAUGGCGCAGCAUGACUUUGCUCCAGCCUGGCUUAAUUUUCCUACUCCACCAUCAUCAACAAAGGUCUACCACUUGUGCUCUUUUACAGUCAUCGCUGAAUUUUGAGAAACAUUCUGAGAAUUUUUCAUGGACAGAGAAUCGUUCUGGAGCAACUCGCAGAAGACACAACUCUUCAGAGGGGUUCAAUCCUAACAUUGGACGGCCGAAUGGAGGGCAUUUUGGGCGAAAAGAGAGGAAUGGUUGGCGUUCACAAGGCAGAAAUGGUCCAGAAAAUGUAAACCAUCGUGGGGCAUACCAUGGUGGAGGUUCCCAUAAUCGUAGCAGCACUUACCAUUGUGGAAAAGGCCAAGGACUGCAUGAAAACAGUGUACUUGAUAAUGAAACCCACAAAAAGGAAGACAAAGAAGUACGCAACCAGUUUGAGGCUGAGGAUUUUCCAUCUUUAAACCCUGAAUAUGAGAGGGAGCCAAACCAGAAUAAAUCACUAGCUGCAGGUGUAUGGGAGUACCCUUUAAAUCCUAAAUCUAGAUCUCAGAGAAUGUUGGUCAUUAAAAAAGGCAGURCAAAAGAACUGCGGAUAUCUGGAUUCCCAGUAGUGGGAAGUCUUCAUUCACAGCCUGUAAGGAAUGGAACUGGCACAAGUGUCUAUAAAGGUUUAGUCCCCAAACCUGUCACUCCACCUGCAAAGCCCACACAGUGGAAAAGCCAAGCAAAAGAAAAUAAACUUGGGAAUGCAUUUCCUCAUGAAUCUGCAUAUGGUGUUGGCAGUUUCAGUCCUUUCAAAUCAACUGUCAAGGCAUUUACUGUAACACAAAAUUCAGUGAAAGAGUGUUAUCGGUCAAAUUCUUCAUCCCCUGUUGAUAAAUCUGGUCAGCCUCGUUUAACAAAAUUGACAAGAAUGCGGACUGAUAAGAAGAGUGAAUUUCUGAAAGCAUUGAAACGAGAUAGAAUGAAAGAGGAACAUGAAGAUGAGAAUCAUGAUGGGCAAGAGAAGGAUGAUGAAUCCUUCAGCUUGCAUAACAGCAACAGUCCUCAUCAUGAGAGAGAUAUUAACCGAAACUUUGAAAAUGAGAUUCCACAGGAGAAUGGCAAUAUUUCARUUACACCUCAGCAGAUCAUUCAGUCUUCAGCUUUCCCUCAGGCAAAUGUUCUUUCAAGCUCACUUGAGGCAGAGCAUAGGUUGUUAAAGGAGAUGGGCUGGCAGGAAGACAGUGAAAAUGAUGAAACAUGUGCGCCACUAACUGAGGAUGAGAUGAGAGAGUUCCAAGUCAUUAGUGAACAGUUACAAAAAAACGGCCUUCGGAAAAAUGGCAUUUUGAAAAAUGGCCUCAUCUGUAAUUUUAAAUUUAGCCCCUGGAAAAACAGCACUUUCAAACCUGCUCUUGAAAAUGAGGAUUCUGAGACGAGCAGCAGUGAUACAUCAGAUGAUGAUGAAGUGUGAAGAGUUCUGUAACACCUGUAGAAGCCCAUUUGUUUUCAUGAAGAAUUGGGGAUGUGUUGUCCAAAAACAAAAAUUCUAAUUUAUGUAGUGACAUGGCUGCCACAGGAAGAAUGAUGAGACUUUUCUCUGAAGGAAGCAAGGAAUGUUUUGUUGGGUGUAUUGARAAUCACUAUAAUUUCUCUGUAAAUGAAUGUUGUGGAAUGAGGCCUUGGGUUCAUCCAGCAUUGACUUUUAUCACUGAACCAUUUCUGACAGGCAAUCUGACAGUGUUACAAAUCAGACUUUCUCACUUAAUAAAAAAAGCAAAGAAUUGUGUCAUGUCUUGCAAAGCUUGUGUCUUAAAAUGUCUAAGGGAAAAAAGGACAGGCUGACACGGUGUUUUGUUUGCAAGUCAUUUCUUUCUUACAGUGGAAAUCAACAAGUCCACUAUGUAUGCAAGAAGGGCAAUGUAGCAUGUUGGCUAAAAUGAGCAAAGUGCACUAAAACUCUUCUGUAAUUGAUUUGUUGAACUGUUCUGCUCUUUUGCUGUUUGUACUAUUGGCAUUAUUAAUGGCAAAAGACCUUGAUAUUACAGUUCCAAAAUUCUAGAAUUAACUCUUAARUUGAAAUCUUUAAGGGGUAUUGUAAGACCAUUAUUCUCACAGUGACUUGUGGGAAAAAAGCCAUUUGAUUUUACUAUUCAACAUGCAGAAAAAUCCUUACACUGACUGGAUUUGUUGAUGGGAAAUAAACUGAUUUACAGAGUAUUGUCUCAGUGCA